AUGAUACUUAGAACAACAAUUAUAAAAACGCUUAAGGUACUACAGGAUUUGGACGUAUCGCUGGAUGUUCUAAUGGAAACUGGCAUAGGCAAAACAGUCAACAGUUUUAGGAAACAUGCCACUGCUGGCAAGAUAGCUAAAACCCUGGUAAAACAGUGGAAGAAACUUAUUACUCCAGAAAAUAAAAGUAAUCACAGAGGAAGAAAACAAAAUAUUGAAAAAGAAAAAGCUGAGACAAGAUCUUCAAUCCCCAAGGAGAUUAAGCCUUCAGAGAAUUCCAAAGCAUCUGUACUGGCCUCCAGAAGUUCCAAGAGCACUCCUGUUUCUGACAAGUUAAAUAAGAAGCGUACUUGUAGUGAAAAAACCCACCAAAGUAGAGAUUCUGAGUCUCAAAAAGAAUGUGAUAAUAAAGAAUGUAGCAGCAGUUCUAAGCAUGCUUCCCAGGGUACCAACCCUCAAGCUAAAGAAAGUGACUGCAAAGAGACAACCCCCAGAGACAGCAAGAAAGCUUCAGAAAAGCAGUGUUCCUCUGUAGCCAAUAAAGAACUAUCACCCCUGAAAAAAAAGCCUAGUAAGGAUGGUUCCAAACAGGGAAAUCUUAGGCAUGCAAAGAAACCAAAACAAAAACUUGUCGUAAAAAGAACAGCUGAAAUAUCUAGUGAGGAGGAAUUCGAGCCCCCUACUAUGUCUUUUGAAUCUUACCUUAAUUAUGAUCAGAUUAGCAAGAAAAGAAAGAGGAAGGCUUGUUCUACAGGUGCACAGCCAAAGAAGUGCAGUGAAAAGAGCAGCUCAUUGCCACACAAGACUUCUCAUGCAAAAGAGGGAGAGAAAGAUGUAAAUAGAUGUGAUCAGUUGGAAACUCCCAACAAAAAGACCAAGAUGGCAUCCCUCCAAGAUCUUCUUAAUACUCCACUGCCUAAAUUUCUAACAGGCAUCUCAAUCUCAUCUCCCCCAUAUGCUGCAGACUUUAAAGCACCUGUUGUAGCAGUGUCCCAGCAAGUCAAUGAGGUGGUUCAAUUCACAGGACGGAGACUGAACUCUAAAAUGCAAGUUUACUCUGGCUCUAAAACAGUCUGUCUUUCAAAGAUGCUUACACUGUAUGAACUGUGCAUCCGUGUGCUUCAAAAUAAUAUUGAUUUGCUACGUGAAGUAGGAGGUGUGCCCUUUGAAAUUCUUGAACCUGUGCUAACACGUUGCACACCAGAGCAAUUGUUUCGAAUAGAGGAAUGUAAUCCGGCAUUUACAGAAGAGUCUGACCACUUGUGGAAGAAACACUGCCAGAGAGAUUUUAAAAAUGAGAUCCUCCCAGAGUAUGAGUCUUGGCGUGAAAUGUACUUGAGGCUGUUUAAUCAGAGAGAAGAAAAACUGAAGGUGCUUACAAAAAAUAUCCUUUCAGCUCAGUCUGAGAAACCAAAAGGCAGGCAAGUAAAAAUGACUUACGUUACCAGUGCAACAAAAACACCCAGGAACGUUCGCCGACAGCAAGAAAUCCAUGGGACAGCAGGACCUGUCACUCAGCUUCAUCCCACAGAGAAGUGCAAAACAAGGGUUCCAGGAAGCAGAGACAGAAAUAACACAUCAUCAGAUCUGAUCCCUGCUAGCAACAGUGGAAGCUCUAGCUCAAGCACAAUGACUCAAGAUGGGAAGAAGCCUCUCAAAAAAGUUGCACCAAUCAUGAAGAAGACUUUGAAAGCCUUGAAGAGUAGAGCUGGACGGCGAUAAAAUGAUGCUGCAUCUUUGAAGCUUAUGUGACUGUUUGUAUAUUGUGCUCUAGCUAAUGAAAGUAAUGUUAACGUAAACACUUUUCAGUUUGCCUUAGUUAAAAAAAAUAUGAAACAUUGCAGGGGCAAAUGAU